AUGCUGCGAGUUUCCACGCUUUUGAAGCAGUGUAUUGCUGCCCCAGGCUCAGUGAGUGCUCUGAGAUUCUAUGCAAGUGGGUCUGUGCCCACUACAAAACUGUUUAUAAAUGGACAGUUUGUAGAAUCCAAGACCAGUGACUGGAUUGACCUUCAUAACCCUGCGACCAAUGAGGUCAUCACCAGGGUUCCCAAGGCAACUCAUGAUGAGAUGGAGGCAGCGGUGGCCGGGUGCAAGGAAGCCUUCAAGACCUGGUCAGAAACUACCAUCCUCACCAGGCAGCAGCUCAUGUUUAAGUUCCAGCAGUUGAUCAAGGACAAUCUGUUUGGGUCCAAGAUUACACAAAAGACUAUAAAAACAAAGUUUGGUUUAAAUCAAUAUUAUAUGCAAUUACGUGAAAUGCAGACUUCAAAAACUGAUCCCAACUAA